GUGACUUGGUGCCAUCAAUGGCGAAACGGACUCAACUUCUUCUUCUCCUCUCUCUCAUCGUCCUGCUUCUGUUUCCUAUAUCCUCUGCGCUGUCCUCGAACGCCGUGAUCAACGCCGCCGAGAUCCUCUCUAACUCCGGCUUCGUCUCCAUGGCGUUAACACUGGAACUCGUCUCGCCGACCAUCCUGACCCCGCAGCAGCAGUCUGCCACCAUAUUCUCUCCCUCCGACGCCGCUUUCGCCCAAUCUGGACAGCCGUCGCUCUCUCUCCUUCAGUUCCACUUCGCUCCGCUCGCCUUCUCCCUUGAAAGCCUCCGCUCCCUGCCCUUCGGCACCAAGAUCCCCACCUUGUCCCCCGGAAACUCCUUGAUCGUCACCACGAUCGAUAACAGCCAGCAAGUUUUGCUCAACAAUGUCACAAUUAAUGGAUCGCCAAUAUUCGAUGAUGGAUCGUUGGUCGUGUUCGGGAUUGACAUGUUCUUCGAUCCGAAUUUCAAGGUUUCGUCGCCGGCUCAGAGCCCUAGCCCUGAUCUCCGAUGCGUGGUCUCUGAAGCUGCUGAAAUUACUUCGUCUGGCGGUUAUUCGUUUGAUGAAGCGUCUAGAAUGAUGAGAACCAGAGGCUACUCUGUUAUGGCGUCGUUUCUCGAUAUGCAGUUACUAGGUUUUCUUGAUCGGUCGGAGCUGACAGUGUUUGCCCCUAUAGAUGAUGUGAUGCUUGAAUUUGCCGGUAAUUUUAGUGCAUACUCGUCGCUGCUUCUUCGACAUGUUGUUCCUUGCAAGCUCACCUGGACAGAUCUGAAUAAUUUCCAAGACGGGACAGUAUUGAGGACGUUUUUGGACGGAUUUACCAUCAGAAUUUCAAAAUUCAAUGAUCUACUGAUGUUAAAUGAAGUUCCGCUGACAUUUCCGGACAUGUAUUUUAGUGAUUGGCUUGUUGUUCACGGCGUUCAUGAAGUCAUCGAGCAACCAGAAACACCAGAGCAAGUACCGCAAGCCUCAUCUGAAUUUGGCCUCGAGGAGGAGGAGAAGGAAGAGAAGCUCACUCCCGACCGUACCGAGUUUUGAGCACAUAAUGGCUACGAUGCUGCCUGUAAGUUCUCUGAAUUAGAAUUCUGCAACCUAUUAUUUCCUUUUAUGCCCCACCGAGUGAAUGGGUGUAUGGAGAUCCUCUUUCUGGUAAAUAGCGUCAUAGCUAGUUCUAUUUCUUCGUUUCACCGUAUCAUACCUUACCGAAAUUUGGACAUGCUUUAGAGACAUGGAUGUUAUCAGUAGUCUCACUUGACCGUAUUCUCUUUUGGAACUGCUUGUGAUUUUGUAGCAGCCUAUUUUAGCUGUAUAUCAGAUGUAUAUGGGGGAGGAAAAGUGAAAGAAUCGUUAAAUCGAAGUCUGUUCCACUUCUCAAAUUUCUA